AUGAGUGCUGAAAAGUAUAUACAACGAGCUGAGCGUCAUGUUGCUGCUCAAAAAGAUACAGCCGAUGAUGUAGCUAGCUUGGCAAAAGUUGUUGGUGAAUGUAUUGCAUUUCCAUCCUUUUUCAAAUUGCCAUUAGAACUAAUUUUAGCAGCUUUCGAAGCUUCCAAAGUGCAACUUACUGAACAACAAAUUACAAAAGCAGAAGAAUCAAUCAAAUCUGUACAUGGGCAUAGAGCAGCCAAGAAAUUCAAGAGCCUUAAGAGAAUCACAAAAUUAUUAGCUUCAAUUGCUGAAGAUAAAGCUUCAUUGCAAACACCAGAAGCCGAAGAAGAAGAUGGUGAUGAAGAUUUUGAUGAGGAAGAAGGCAAUGGAGAAGAGGAAGACGCUGGAGAUGAAAUUACCGAAGAUGACGUUCCUGAAGGCAUGCUUCGUGCAGCAUUCUCAGGCAAUAUGAAGGAACUUCAAUCUUGUGUACAUAAUAAGCCAGAACAAAUGAAAGAUAUGUACGAUAGAAUUGGCUAUCCAUUGCAUUGUGCUAUUUUCAAUGACAAGCCAGAAGCAGUUGAAUACUUAUUACGAAAAGGUGCUAAGGUCAACCAAAAGGGCGCUCUUGGUCAAACACCACUUCAUUUUGCUUGCCAAAGCGAAGUUAAGAAGAUUUUUGAUGCAGUUGUUGGCACCAAAGGCAUCGAAAUUGAUCCAGUAGAUGAUGAAGGUGAUACUCCUCUCAUUGUCUGCGCUAAAUAUAAUAGAGCAGAUUACGCAGCCGUUUUAAUUCAAAAGGGUGCUAACUUAAACAAGCAAAACAAAGAAGGUGAUACAGCUCUCCACAUUUGUGCCCAAUAUGGUGCAAACGAUGUUGCCAAAUUAUUAAUUGAAAAAGGAGCUAAUAUCAACCUUAUGAACAUGCAGUUCAAGUCAGCAUUCAUUCUCGCUUGCGAGUCAAACUCCGGCGAUAUUGCCGCAUUGCUCCAAGGCGCAUUCUCAAAUGCCCAAGCUGAAAUCGUCAUCGAGGAUUAUUCCGAUGAUGACGAUAAAUAA